AUGACUUACGAUGUUUACAUGAUCAGAGAUGUAACACUAGUGGACGGAGAGACACCAAACGAGGGCCGAGUAGAAUACUACUUCAGAUCAGAACAUUUGUCUCGGGAGCCAGCUUGUGGAGAUGGGCUCGGUUCUACAGAAGCAUCGGUUAUCUGCAGGCAGUUCGGAUACCCGGGAGUCAAUGAAGUUUUAGCUCAGUGGCCUUUCGGAGCCGGUGAUAAAACUGCAAACAACAUAUUGAAUUGUAUGGGAGGCUUAUAUAUCGGUGCUGGAGCCGGUGGUGGUAUCCUGCUUCUCAUCGUCAUCAUCCUCCUGGUCGUUUUCAUAAUACGGCGAUCAAAGGACAAAGGCUCCUCAGGCGAUCACAACAUUUUGGAACUGCGAUCAAUGCCUGAUGGGUCCGAUCUGGGCAAUUUUCCACCUUUACCGUUCUCACCAAACAACUACUCUCUAGAAAAUGGGCAUACCAAUAUGGCCGCCGAUGACCUCACCACAGGAACAGGUGUGGAAGAAAGUGACUACGCUUUUAUAGCCGAGACGGACAUGAAUCCGGUAAAUAGUGCGAGAAACGGUUCUACCUAUGAGGAUGUUCCACGACUGGAGAGCACUUCAGGGAGUCUCAGACCCCCGCAGCCUGCGCCCAGGAAAUCAACCAAAGACACACAAUUCGCCAUGCAUCCCGUACAUCAGCUGUACACCACACCUGACGAAAGCCAGCUGAGUAAUGGACAUCGUGACUCUAUCCCUGAGUACGCGGUUUCUCAGAAAUUCCGCAAGGAACCCAUUAGUCAAGCAAUUCCUCAAGCGCCGCCUUCUGCUUUAGGACCUGAAGACAUAAACGGCCUCUACACCAUGCCCGAUAAGUCUAGGAACAUGACGAAAGCAAAGAAAGUGUUGGAUAGUGACAUGGGCAGACCUGCAGGUAUUGACAAUGCCUUGUAUAUCUGUCGUGGAGAGGAUAACCUUCAGGAAGGCGAGACACCAAACGAGUACGCUACUGACAAGGAUGGCAUGGGUGGCGAAGACGAAAGUGAUGGUGACACAGGGAUGGUUGAAAAUGAUCUGUAUAAAACCUCCCACGGACCUACUGGUGGUGACACAGGAAUGGUUGAAAAUGAUCUGUAUGACACCUCCUACAGACCUACUUGA